AUGGUCAAGAAGUCCAAGACAUUCAGCUUAUGCAAGGAAGGCGUGCUCGUGGAGGGCGAGCCGUCGCCGGUCAAGAGCGACGUGGCGAUCUUCGGCACCGGGUUCAAGGGCGACGAGAAGAUCAAGGACAUGUUCACUUCAGAGUACUUCCGGAACGUCGCGAUUGGGUCAGAAUCCACUACUGUGCCUCUCUACAGAUACCCAUUCGAAUAUCUACGCCUCGGACAUUCGCGCCAAGUGGUUGGCACGCUUCUUGGACGGCAGCUUCAGACUACCGAACGUCGCGGCAAUGCAGAAGGAUGUGCUCUCGAAUGGGAGAAGUACAUGAAGAGAUACUGUGGAAGAUACUUCCGCCGGUCCAGCAUCAUGAUCCUGAACACUUGGUACAACGACCAGCUCUGCCGUGACAUGGGGUGCAAUCCUAGGAGGAAGAAGGGGCUCUUUUCAGAACUGUUUGAGCUCUAUGGCCCUGGUGAUUAUGCUAACCUACUCUCCAACUCCAAGUCCAAGGAACACUAG